AUGACGCAGGGUCCCGGCGGGCGCGCGCCCCCCGCGCCCCCCGCGCCCCCGGAGCCCGAGGGGCCCACCACCUUCUGCGCGCUGCUCCCGCGCAUGCCGCAGUGGAAGUUCGCGGCGCCCGCCGGCUUCCUGGGCCGCGGCCCCGCGGCGGCACGCGCGGCGGGGGGCUCGGGGACCCCCGACCCCCCGCCCGAGCCGGCGGGCGCGGCCGGCGUCCCCGCGCUGGCCGCCGCGGUCCUGGGCGCCUGCGAGCCGCGCUGCGCCGCGCCCUGCCCCCUGCCCGCGCUCGGCCGCUGCCGCGGGGCCGCGGGGCCGCGGGGGGCGCGGGGGGCGGCCUCGGGCCCCGACGCCGCCGCGGCCGCCGAGUGGGUCCGCAAGGGCAGCUUCAUCCACAAGCCGGCGCAGGGCUGGCUGCACCCCGACGCCAGGGUCCUGGGGCCCGGGGUGUCCUACAUCGUGCGGUACAUGGGCUGCAUUGAAGUCCUCCGCUCUAUGCGCUCCUUGGAUUUUAACACCCGCACCCAGGUCACCAGGGAAGCCAUCAACCGGCUCCAUGAGGCUGUGCCUGGUGUUCGGGGCUCCUGGAAGAAGAAGGCCCCCAACAAGGCGCUGGCGUCUGUCUUGGGCAAGAGCAACCUGCGCUUCGCUGGGAUGAGCAUAGCCAUCAGCAUCUCCAUUGACGGCCUCAACCUCUCGGUGCCCGCCACUCGCCAGAUCAUCGCCAACCACCACAUGCAGUCCAUCUCCUUCGCAUCCGGCGGCGACACGGACAUGACCGAUUACGUGGCCUAUGUCGCCAAGGAUCCCAUCAAUCAGAGAGCCUGCCACAUCCUGGAGUGCUGCGAGGGACUGGCGCAGAGCGUCAUCAGCACCGUGGGCCAAGCCUUUGAGCUGCGCUUCAAGCAGUACCUGCACAGCCCCCCCAAGGUGGUGGUCCCUCUGGAAAGGCUGAGUGGGCCCGAGGAGUCAGCCUGGGGGGACGAGGAGGAGAUGGAACACAAUUACUACAACAGCAUCCCGGGGAAGGAGCCGCCCCUGGGUGGGCUGGUGGACUCCAGGCUCGCCCUCACACAGCCCUGCGCCCUCGGGACCCUCGGCCAGGGAGCAUUUUCUACUCGAAGAGAUGCCCGAGGUCUGCAGUGGGACCUGGGCCCCUCAGGUUCACUUGGGGACGGCUACGUGCAGGCAGAUGCUGGAGGCCCCCAAGACUAUGAGGACCACCUGUACGUCAACACGCAGGGUCUAGACGCCCCAGAGCCUCUGCAGCCCGAGGACAGCCCCAAGAAGGACCUGUUUGACAUGCGCCCCUUCGAGGACGCCCUGCGGCUGCACGAGUGCGCCUUGGCGGCAGGGCCGGCCCCGCCGCCCCCGGAGGACCGGUGGCCCAGUCCCCCCACGCGCCGAGCGCCCGUGGCCCCCACGGAGGAGCAGCUGCGCCGGGAGCCCUGGUACCACGGGCAGAUGAGCCGCCGCGCGGCCGAGAAGCUGCUGCGCGCCGACGGGGACUUCCUCGUGCGGGACAGCGUCACCAACCCCGGGCAGUACGUGCUCACGGGCAUGCACGCCGGGCAGCCCAAGCACCUGCUGCUGGUGGACCCCGAGGGCGUGGUGCGGACGAAGGACGUGCUGUUCCAGAGCAUCAGCCACCUGAUUGACUACCACCUGCAGAACGGGCAACCCAUCGUGGCGGCGGAGAGCGAGCUGCACCUGCGUGGUGUGGUCAAGCGGGAGCCCUGAGCCAGGUGAUGGUUCUCAGCCCCACUCCUAUCCCGCUCCCCAGACGCCCUGUCGUGGCCUUCUCUGGACCCCCGCCAGGUGCUCAGGCCUGAACCACUGCUGUCUCUCCUUCCUCUGCAUGGGUCUCCAGAAUCUCUUCCUCCAGCCAGCCCUGGCUGGGCUGGUCAGUCAGGCCCGGGUACGGGGCCCAAGACCCUUGCCUGCCUCCACCCUGUGCCUGGAGUGAGGGUGUACAUACCAAAGACAGAACCUUUUUUUGCCUUUAUGAAAAUGUAUCAAAAAUCAGUCUCUGUCUGGGAGCCCGUGCUGAGGCCCAUGAUGGGCGAGGAGCCUGGUCCUGGCUGCACCCGGGCUUGGGUCCCGGAGAGCGAAGCCCCAGGCCUGGGCCUGCAGUCGGGGUCCCGUCCUCCCCGGGCUCAGUUCUUCCUCCUGAAACAUUGGUGCACAGUUGUCUUUUUUGGGGAGAACUGAGGUGCUCUGGGGUCCUUGGUCCAAGGCCCGCACUGACAUUGAAGUGGGGGGCCCACCUGGGGUAAUGGGGAACAUCCAGGCACCUCCAAGACACUUGGUCUUGGGGGUGGGGGCUGCUGUCCCAGCUGGGAGCCUGGCCUGGAGGUGUGGAGUCUGCUCAUAUCUAAACCCGGGGUGGCCGUGGGAGAGUGACCCCACCUGCUCAUGAAGGGGCCCUCUCGGGCUAGGAGGCCGGGGCCAGUCUCCCAGGAGGAAAACCAAGAUGGCAAUGGAUUUGGCCUCCCUGGCGCUAGAGGGGUGGAGGGCCCAGGGCCUGGAGAUAGAGCGGAGGGAGCCUGCCUGGGACGUGCCGUUGGGGGAGCUCGUGGGGGCUCCACUCUCUCCUGAAUCCCAACAUCUCUUAGAUACCUCUGUUUACAGCUAAGAUAAAGCACACCCCAACCUCUCUUUGCAAACACCCUAGUUUGUCUCCCAAGUGCUACAUGCCUUUCUCUUAAAGAUCGCCCAGCAUACCUGGCUGAAAACCCAUUUUCUUCACCAAAUUGCUCCCAACUUAGCCCUAAAUGAGCUCCUACUUCUCAGGUACCCCUGCUCUCUUCGACCUCCGACUCCCUCAGAGCCCCUUCUUCUCUCUGAUGCCCAGCUCUGUUCUCAAGGACCUGGACCUUCCCUCACGUUAUUUCUGAGACUCCUUUUCAGGGAGACCCCACCGCUCCCCAGGAACCUCCUCUGACUCCCCCCAAAAGGGUCUUCUACCCCUGCCAAGGCCCUGCCUGGUCCCCGACUGUCAGGGCUGAGGGCCGAGGCUGUCGGAGGCUGGGGUCCCUGGGAUGAGACUGUAGCUUCUCUGCGGUCAGCCUGGUCUACCCCAUGACCUGGAGGGGGUGCUGGAAAGGCUGUGGCGAAUAAAAGCCACCCUGGCCUGCCUCUAAUGAGUGGUGAAGCCAUCACAAGGCAGAGCCGGAAGGGGGCUCUGAUGUCAUGUCUCUUGCUGCAGAGACACGGAGACUGAGAGCCGCGGGUCUGUCCUUCCAAAUGCCAUGCGCCCGUCCACUUACCCAGCUGUCCACUCGACUACUCCCUCGUCAUCCACUACCCGCCCCCAUCCGUCCACACUCCCCCGUACUCGCCCCCAUCAUUCAUUCCACGUGCCCACACCUCCCCACUGCAACCUCCUCCAGCAUCCUGCUUCCACUCCUCGUGUGUGCCGGGACGCCUGGUGGGAAGUGGGGGUGCAACAGUGGCCACGACAGACCUGCCCUCGCGGAGUUAAUAGUCAAGUAACAUUAGUCAGCAAGUCACCGCUCAGUGUAUGACAAGUGUGCAGAGAGAAGGCUGGAACUCCGCAGUCCCGGAAAUCCAGAAGGUUCUCUGUGGGGGUGAGAGAGCGAGCCCUGGGUGAGGAGAACGUUCUGGGCAGAAGGAACUGCACAUGCACAUGCACUGUGGCGUGCGGGGCACAGCCCGUUGAGGGUACUCGGGAGGGCAGUGUGGCUGAGG